AUCACAAAGCGUGAAAUAUUUUAACGUGUUUUAAGAUAUUCGUGUAGUACGUGUAAUGUCUAUAAAUAUCGAUAUAUGAACUUGGAUCACAAAUAGAUAACCAGUAUUUUCGGAUAUUUUUGGAUUAUUAUUAAGCAAUCACUACAAAUCUUCAUAUUACGUAGUUUAUCUGGGCAGCGUUGAGGAUUAUCAAAACAAUUCUUAACUAAUUGCUUGUGUAAACACGGUCAACAUCUUUAGAUUGUAAGACAGACCAGACAAUGGCUACAGAAGGGGCAGAACUGAAGGCAGCAGAAGCUGGAGCCGCUCCACCCUCGUAUGUCGAGGCAAAUGAUGUAGCUCCUCCACCAUCUUACGAUUCUCUUUUUGGACAGCUAAAACAAGCGAAGGAAAAUUCAGAUGGACAUGUUGAUUUUGUCAAGACAUGCUGUGGAAUUCUAGUAGGUUCUGUUGCAUGUACUAUCUGUUUAGGGAUACUUUUGGCGAUUCCAAUAGCUAUGAUUGCUGUGGGAGCAACCUAUUUACAUGACUGUCCGGCAGAGAGGAUGAUCCCUAUAUACCUGAUUGUAGCAGGAGUGUUUAACAUUGUUUCAAACAUACUCAUGAUCAUCCGGGGGCAGGUCAAUAAACGGAAGGAAGGGGAGGAAGAGAAAAAGUCAGGCGCAGGACCGGAACAACUUAUCAACUGUUUCCUGUUUGCUUGGUUCAUUGCAGGUAAUGUAUGGGUUUACAGAACGUACGAUGCCUGGCAAAGCAGUAAUUCCUUGUUAGAUAACUUCUGCGACCCAACGCUGUAUUACUUUUCAUUCUGGAUAAUAACUUCUACUUAUAUCGUGUUGGGAGUGUUGCUAGUUAUCUGUCUUGCUGUUUGUAUUUGCAUGUGUAUCUGUGGCAAGAAGGAAUAACUUUGAAAACUGUGUGGAUAUCUUCCGAUCACAUGAUCAAAGGCAACCAACAUUUUCAGUUUUGCAUCUUACGGUAUUCGGAUUCCUUCACUUUCCACGUAAAGGCAUACACACUAUCUGUUUCUUUUGCAAUGUCGUAGUUGUUGAGAACAAUACAAUAUGAUACACAUGUAUUUGUUCUUUCAGUGUAGUCUCGUUAUAUCUGUUAUAGUUCUUUGAACUUCUCACGAGAAUCGUAAUCGACUGUUACUUAGUUAUUGUAUUAUCUUAAUACAUAUGCUUAAAAUCGUAUUGACCAGUUUUAGACUAUACCAGAGCCACAUUCUAUCUGAAUGCUCAUGCCAUUGGGUUUAAUCUUGUGAGUAGUUGAUUUCCGGAUAUUAUGCCAUAAAAUGGAGUUAUUUUAAUAUCGGAAAUAUAUCAAUUAUAUAUUGGAAGAACUUUAUAUCAAAACUGAUUUGUUUUUAAAAACAUUACGUAUAUUCAUAAUAGUCUUACUUACCAUCUUACCAUGACAGUGUGUAUCUAGCUCAAUCUAGUUCUAUUGAUAUAUCACGAAUACUUCUACCUCUCAGGUACAUAUUAUAUAUUUGUUUACUUUGUUAUCAACAUUAAACAUAUAUAAAGUGACAAUACACCUACCAUUUAUCUUUUUA